UCUUCCUUCUCAAAUUGUUUAUUGCUUUUCUUAAUUCUUUUAGUUUGAAAUAGUUUUUAUGUCAACAUGUUUUCUUCGACUUUUCAUGCUUCGUGUCUUAGUUUUUUGAGUUUUGACAUCAAGCGAUUGAUGAAUCUUCCAUAUCUUUCUGGGUACAACUUGGUUUUUGGCACUGUCACUGUGUGGUUCACGGUUAUCUUUCUCGUUGAAAAGAUCUGAGAGAUGACCAUUGACAAUUUAUCGUAAAGGAAAAUUUUGUGGGAUUUGGUGUAAUCACCACUGAAUUUAAGAAGAAUGGUUUUGGUUUUUGACACGAGUUUCGGAGUUAAUACUAGGUAGAUAGGAAUUUAUGUUAUCUUGUCUCUAUCUUCUUUUGCUUAAAUGAUAGGCAAGUUCGCAGUUUAAUGAUUAUUCUGUAGAAUUUAUAUAUGGGUCCACAUCAUGUUAUUUUCUGUAUUCGUUCUUAUUUCUAGCUUAGCGGUAAUUGUCAUUGGCGUGCAGAACAGCCAUCAUUGAAAUGUGAAAACAGUAAAGAACUUGGCCCAUAAAAAUGUGUGUUCAUGUUAAUUAAAGUGGUCCUAAAAUCUCAGAUAAUUGUCAACGUUUUUAUGUUAGUCAGCCUGUCACUAACUAUGGGUGUAUUCGAAGACUAUAGGCAUCCUUUUGCUGUGUCAUAUCUUGGAACCUCUCUUUUGUCACUUUAUCUGCCAAUAGCAUUCUUUAAGGACUGGUUAGUAAAGCACCUGAGAGGUCGCUCUUGUAAUGCCAAAGGCCCAAAAGGAGUUAGCAAGUCCUCUGUGGAACUAAAUUCUCCUGUAAAACAUGAUAAUAAGCAUGGCAAUUUUCAAGUUGAACAUCAAGCACCAUUGCCUAAGGACUGUGUCAUUGACUUCUGCAUUAAGGAGGAGGGAAGUCCCGUGGUUUCUAGACGCAAAGAUAUUAUGGAAGCACCAAAGCAAGAAAGAAUUCUUAGUGCAAAGGAAAUUGCUGCAUUUGGCUUUUGCAUGGCUCCUAUCUGGUUUGCAACAGAGUAUCUAACGAACGCCGCUCUCGCAAGAACAAGUGUUGCUAGUACAACAUUGUUGUCCUCAACUUCAGGACUUUUCACUUUAAUAAUUGGAGCACUUCUGGGUCAAGACUCUAUAAAUACAGUGAAAGUAGUUUCCGUCAUAAUUAGCAUUGCCGGUGUUGCUAUGACUACACUUGGAAAGACAUGGGCUGCAGAUGAAUCAAAAUCAGGCACUAACAAAAGUGGAAAUCAUUCUCUUCUAGGCGAUCUUUUCGCUAUCCUCUCAGCUAUGAGUUAUGGACUGUUUACAGUUUUGCUUAAAAAGUUUUCUGGAGAAGAAGGAGAAAGGGUAGACAUGCAGAAGUUGUUUGGCUGUAUAGGAUUGUUUUCACUAGUUUCCCUUUGGUGGCUUGCAUGGCCUCUGACUGCCAUUGGUAUCGAACCAAAGUUAAUGUUUCCUCAAUCAGCUAAAGUGGGAGAGAUAAUCCUUAUAAACAGUUUUGUUGGAAGUUUUCUGUCUGACUACUUCUGGGCAUUAGGUGUUGUCUGGACCUCCCCCCUGGUAGCUGCACUAGGUGUUUCACUUACCAUACCUAUUGCAAUGUUGGAAGACAUGCUAAUUCAUGGUCAACGGUAUUCAGUGAUCUACAUGAUUGGCUCGGCUCAGGUAUUCCUGGGAUUUCUAAUAGCUAAUAUUUCAGACUGGAUUUCACAGAAGUUGAGAUGGUAGAGCUUCAACAUAAGGCAAAGCUUUCAUUUUCCACCAAUACUAUCCGUUUCACCUAGCCUUGAUGAUGCAUGGCCCCCAUAUUGUUUGCAAGGCCUGCUGAAAUGAUACAUAAAAGUUAUAUGAAAGUAUAUACUAAUGUUAUAUGUACCAAAGAAAAAGGAUAUGUUGAUGUUAUGAAGUUUGCUGACUGGCUGUGGAAGAUGAAUGUUUGUUAAUGAAAAU